UACUUCCUGUUUUUUGCCGGCGCUCGAGCUGCCUCUGUUUUGUCCCUCAGAGCUUCUGCUGCUUCUCUUUCGGCUGUUUUUUUUUGUCUCCGAGACCUCGGGAUCCGAUGGAUUUCACGUAGUUGGGUUGAUCGACGCCAUCUUUUCCGUGUUCCCGAGUUUGACUUUGGUGAUUUAUUAUAUUUUAAUUCCCCCCCCCCCUUCCCCCUCCAUCCCAUCCCAUCCCCCGCCGCCUCCUCUCUGUUUUUGUUCCCUUCUGUUUGUAUUCCUCUGGCUGGACCAUGGCUGCUGCCUUCGAGCGGCCAACUUUCUGCUGCUGCCGGAAAGUUGUGACCGGCUCCGCCAAGAGCGAGAGGUUGAAUUCGUCCCGGGACUGCCCGGUCGACAUCGCAUCCGCCUCCAACUUCCAGCAUUUCCAGAUCCAGCAUUUCCACCUGGAGCUGGACAUUAACUUCCCGAGCCGGGAGAUCCAGGCGGUGGAGGUGCUGGACCUGGUGUGCCUGCAGCCCGACACCCAGAGCCUGGUCCUGGACUCGCACCAGUCGCUGCACAUCCGCUCGGUCAACGCGAAAUGUCGGUGCAACUCGGGCGAAAACAGCUGGCCCCUGAGUCACCGCCUCGACCCUUUCACCGAGUACGGCUCCUCUCUGGUGAUAAACCUGCCGGCUGCCAUCAAACCUCUCAGCAACUUUCAGAUCAUCAUCAGGUACACUACAGCCGAUGGGCCGGCGAUUUGGUGGCUGGAUCCAGAAUUAACAAGUGGAAAUUCCAAACCAUUCCUUUUCACACAUGGUCACUCAGUGUGUAACAGGUCCUUCUUCCCCUGCUUUGACACACCUGCUGUCAAGAGUACUUACUCCGCUACAGUUAUGGUUCCACCUGGUAUUAGAGUGCUGAUGAGUGCAACUCGGAGCACAUUUGAUGAGCAAGAGAAUAUAUACAGAUUCCAAAUGGAGUAUCCGGUUCCUGCUUACCUGUUAGCACUUGUAGCAGGAGAUUUGAUCUCUGCAGAUAUAGGUCCACGAAGCAGAGUUUGGGCUGAACCUUGUUUAUUAAAAAUUGCAACCGCAAAACUGAAUGGCACUGUGGAACGGUGGCUAAGUGCUGCAGAGAAUCUGUUUGGGCCAUAUAUGUGGGAAAGGUAUGAUGUUGUUUUCCUUCCUCCCUCUUUUCCAAUUGUCGCAAUGGAAAACCCCUGUUUGACUUUCAUUAUUUCCUGUAUUUUGGAAAGUGAUGAAUUUCUCAUUAUUGAUGUUAUCCAUGAGAUCGCACACAGUUGGUUUGGAAAUGCAGUUACCAAUGCCACAUGGGAAGAAAUGUGGCUGAGUGAGGGCUUAGCAACAUAUGCACAACGUCGCAUUACCACAGAAACCUAUGGGGCUGCUUUUACUUGUCUUGAAACCACUUUUCGACUGGAAGCACUGCAUCGUCAGCUGAAACUACUCGGAGAUGAGAGUCCUGUCAGCAGACUACAAGUGAAGUUUGAGCCAGGUGUCAAUCCCAGCAGUCUAAUGAAUCUUUUCACCUACGAGAAAGGAUUCUGCUUUGUGUACUAUCUUUCACAGCUCUGUGGAGACACAAAGUGCUUCGACUCCUUCCUCAGAGCCUAUGUAGAAAAGUUCAAGUUUACAAGUGUUGUUGCAACUGAUCUACUGGAGUUUUUCCUCGGCUUUUUUCCUGAGCUCAGGGAGAAAUGUGUGGACAACAAAGAAGGAUUAGAGUUUGAGCGCUGGCUGAAUGCAUCAGGACCUCCAUUGUUGGAGCCAGAUUUGUCUCAGGGAUCUAGUUUGAUCAAACCAGUAGAAUCUCUCUACCAGCUCUGGAGUUCUGAAACUCCGGAUGGAAACCGUAUUACUGACAUUGAUAUUUCUAAAUGGAAAACUUUCCAAAUAGUCCACCUGUUGGACAAACUUCUGGACAGAUCUCCACUGCCUCAUGAGGCCAUGAUGAAGCUCUCGAAGAGUUACUCUGCGCUGCUCGACUCAAUGAAUGCUGAAAUUAGAAUUCGAUGGUUACAGAUUGUAGUCAGAAAUAACUAUUUACCAGAUUUCUACAAAGUGCGACGAUUCCUGGAAAACCAUACCUCACGAAUGUACACUGGUCCUUUGUAUGAGGAUCUGUGUGCUGGAACCAUGAAGGCCAUUGCCAUGGAGACCUUUUACCUGACUCAGAACAGACUGCAUGUGAACUUGAGGAGAGCAAUCCAACAGAUUUUUGCACACAGUGCUAACCCUGCUGCUGUUAUGACACUUCUAGAAGAUAAACCAUCUGAUGCAUCAAACCCCAUCUCACUCAGGGAUGUUAAUGUCUCAGCAUAGCUGAUCAACCCAUGCCAUUAUUGGAUGCAUCCUAGAAAAUAACUUACACGAGAGCAGCUCUGGAAAUUGAAAAUGUUUCCAGCUAUGACUUUUUAAUUUAAACAAAUUUCCAGGAUUUACGCUGGUUACCUUAUGGACCUCUUCCAGGGAAUGGAGAAGCCUAAAUCAGCAUUCCAAAACUGUUUCUUACAAGACAGUAUUUCAUCCAACCAUUGGGCAUGUAGUUAUAGUAGUAAUCUUGUCACUCUUGACAUACAUAUGGGACAUGUAGUUUCACAGAUUGUAUAUUGAGGAUGAUUCAUUGAUAAUCCAGGCACUCAAAAUCUUCAGUGAGCAGAACAGCUUGAAAGAACAGACAGCAUCCCAGCUCCAGCAAGUUAGUUACUACAGUGUAGAACCUAUUGCUGCUUAAGAGGUUGGUGCUAAUGAAAUAAUUACAUCGGUUUUGCUAUAACAUGUGUUUCUUUGACACGAAUCGGCUUGAACGCAAUUGAAGAAUUUGGACCAUUAUUUGUAGAAUGCGAACUUUCCGGCCUCACUAGUUUAAAUGGUAUGGCUAUUGUGCGAUUUUCUUACAAUAUGAGAUCGCACAUGAACAGAAUUAUCAUGUUAUAUCAGAACAGACUGUAGUAUAGUAUUGGUUGCUUCUGGUUAAGUUAGUUACAGAAUAAAAACUACAUAUGAUGUAUUGCUAAAUUGAACAGGAAUAAUUGAGACACCAUAAAGCAUAAGAAUUCUCAUUUUGCCAAAACAGAAAGAUUCAUUAGUACGCCUCUCAUUUCUAAUAAGUUUUAUGGUACAUGUUGUUCAGCUCAAAUAUACCAUUUUCAAUAUAAAUUUGAUUAGUAACAGCAGUAAUUGUCCAGCAGUAAUGCAUUAUUUAAUGCAAGGUUUUCUGGUGCAUUAAUUGGUGCAUAAUGCAUCUUAAUUUUCUCUUGGAAAGGAGAUUUCAGCCGUAAGGAGGACCCAAAUUAAUUCAUGAUACAUACUUUAGGCAGACUAGAAUCUAGACUGGAAUGCAUACAAAAGCAGAGAGAUGUAAAUGUAAUAAUUUAAAUGUUAUGCAUUUGGGUUGUUUCAAAGUAUUUUCUAUUGACCCCUUUGCAUUUGAUCCAAAAUUAAGAUUAGUUUAUUUUGCCUUUACAUUGUACUAUGAUUUGAAAU